CAUCCAGACGUGUCCCAGAUACAGAAACUGGAAGCCAUUUGUGGUCUUUCCAAGGCAAGCUUUUCUCUUGGGGGAGAAAAAAAGAGCGGAAUCGCUUGCAGGGAUCAGUCUUGCGGCCCUAGAAAUGGUCCCUUGAAGGAAAAGACAUCUGGAGACCCACCAGAGUCCCUGGAGCCAUUUGGAGUUGCUCUGCAGGAGAGAGAAAGGAUGGAGACACAACCUUUGGGAAAGGAGGGAGCCGGAAAAGGCCCUUCAACUGCACAGCCUGGGAAGGGAGAGAAGCUCUGGACAAGAACCGGGCAGAAGAUCCUGGAGGAGGAAACCAUCCUCUCCUCAGAAGUUCAGCCCUGGAAUCUCAUCCAAUACCGGGAGGCUGAAGGUCCCCGAGGACUUUGCAGCCGACUCCAUGACUUUUGCAGGCGAUGGCUGAGACCAGAAAAGCACACCAAAGCCCAGAUGCUGGACCUGGUGGUUCUGGAGCAGCUCCUGGCUCUCCUGCCCCCAGAGAUGGAGGGCUGGGUGCGGGAGUGUGGAGCAGAGACCAGCUCCCAAGCGGUGGCCCUGGCAGAAGGCUUCCUCGUGAGCCAGGUGGAAGAGGAGAAGGAGCAGGUCCAGUUGCAGUGCUGCACUGUGGAGAUCAGAGAUCCCGAGGGAAGGAAGAACCCAUCAAAUCCCCCUCAGGAGCUAUUUUUCAGGAGGAUCCCUUGGGAAGAUCCAACUUGGGUCACCACAAGAGAGAAAGAAAGGACGAAGCUUUCUAGUUUUUAUGAUGGAGAUCAAACAGUGGUUGAACCUCCAAAUCAAGUAAGAAAAGAAAAAGAUAUUAGAUUUCUAUUCUCCCUUCAGGAAGUGGAUCCGGAGAGUCUUGUGUCCUUCGAGGAGGUGGCUGUGUCUUUCUCUGAGGAGGAAUGGUCUCAGCUGGAUCCUGACCAGAAAGCGCUGCAUUCGGAAGUUAUGCUUGAAAACCAUAGGAACGUGGUCUCUCUGGGUAAUAAUGGGCAGGAGAAUCAAGAGUCCUGUCAACUCUUCCAAGUGAUCAGUGCUAAAGAUGGAAGGGAGAAGUUUGGAAUUCGAAAGGAAUUCGAAAGCAAUGAGAGAAACCAGUCAAAGAAUUGGGAUCAGGAAAGCUCAUCUUCCACUGAUGCUCCGAUGCAAGACUUUCUUGCCCAACAAGAGAAAAUAAGGAAAAAAUAUACUGGGAAAAGUGUGAAGCUAAUCAAAGCUAAAGUACAAGUAAAUGAACACUAUUUAACGCAAAACAAAGGAGAAGAUGCUACAAGAAGACACAAGAGACAAAAUUGCAAUAGGAAAUUCAUUCUUUCUCUUGGAAAUAAGUUCCUUACAUCUCAAAAAGUGAUUGACACAAAAGAGAAGCCUUAUAAAUGUUUGGAAUGUGGAAAAUGUUUUAGAACAAGCAGGCAAUUUACUAUCCAUAAAAGGAUUCACACAGGGGAGAAACCGUAUAAAUGUACGGAGUGUGGAAAGACCUUUUCUCAAAGAGCUAAUCUUUUUUCCCAUAAGAUGAUCCACACUGGGGAGAAGCCAUAUAAAUGCCUGGAGUGUGGAAAGAUGUUUACUCAGAGCAGUGGACUUAGAAGCCACAAAAAGAUCCACUCAGGGGAGAAACAAUAUAAAUGCAUGGAGUGUGGAAAGACCUUUUCUCAAAGAGGUAAUCUUAUUUCUCACAAAAGGAUCCACACAGGGGAGAAGCCGUAUAAAUGCAUGGAGUGUGGAAAGACCUUUGCUCAAAAAGGUAAUCUUAUUUCCCAUAAGAUGACCCACACAGGGGAGAAGCCGUAUAAAUGCAUGGAGUGUGGAAAGACGUUUUCUCAGAGCAGUGGACUUAGCAGCCAUAAAACGAUCCACUCAGGAGAAAAACCAUAUAAAUGUCUGGAAUGUGGAAAAUGUUUUACAACAAACAGGCAACUUACUAUCCAUAAAAGGAUCCACACAGGGGAGGAACCGUAUAAAUGCAUGGAGGGUGGAAAGACCUUUGCUCAAAGAGGUCAUCUUAUUUCUCAUAAAAGAAUCCAUACAGGAGAGAAACCAUAUAAAUGCAUGGAAUGUGGAAAGACCUUUACUCAAAGAUGUAAUCUUAUUUCUCAUAAAAUGAUCCACACAGGGGAGAAACCGUAUAAAUGCAUUGAGUGUGGAAAGACCUUUGCACGAAAAGGUAAUUUUAUUUCUCAUAAAAGGAUCCACACAGGGGAGAAACCGUAUAAAUGCAUGGAGUGUGGAAAGACUUUUGCUCGAAUAGGUCAUCUUAUUUCUCAUAAAAGGAUCCACACAGGGGAGAAGCCUUACAAAUGCACGGAGUGUGGAAAGACGUUUAUUGAUGGCAGUGGACUUAGAAGGCACAAAAAGAUCCACUCGGGAGAAAAGCCAUUUAAAUGCACGGAAUGUGGAAAGACCUUUGCUCAUAGAUGUAAUCUUAUUACUCAUAAAAGAAUCCAUACAGGGGAGAAGCCAUAUAAAUGCAUGGAGUGUGGAAAGACCUUUGCUCAAAGUAGCAAUCUUAUUCCCCAUAAGAUGAUCCACACGGGAAAAAACCCUUAUAAAUGUUUGGAAUGUGGAAAAUGUUUUAGAACAAGCUGGCAGCUUACUUCCCAUAAGAUGAUUCACACAGGGGAGAAACCAUAUAAAUGCACGGAAUGUGGAAAGACCUUUGCUCAAAGAGGUAAUCUUUAUUCCCACAAAAGGAUCCACACAGGGGAGAAGCCGUAUAAAUGCAUGGAUUGUGGAAAGACCUUUGCUCAAAAACGUAAUCUUAUUUCUCAUAAGAUGAUCCACACAGGGGAGAAGCCGUACAAAUGCAUGGAGUGUGGAAAGACCUUUGCUCAUAGCAGUACACUUACUUCUCAUAAGAUGAUCCACACAGGGGAGAAGCCAUAUAAAUGCAUGGAGUGUGGAAAGACCUUUGCUCAAAGAAGUAAUCUUAUUUCUCAUAAGAUGAUCCACACAGGGGAGAAGCCAUACAAAUGCAUGGAGUGUGGAAAGACGUUUACUGAUGGCAGUAGACUUAGAAGCCACAAAAAGAUCCACUCAGGAGAGAAACCAUUUAAAUGCAUGGAUUGUGGAAAGACAUUUACUCAGAGCAGUGGACUUAGAAGGCACAAAAUGUUCCACACAGGGGAGAAGCCGUAUAAAUGUUUGGAAUGUGGAAGAUGUUUUAGAACAAGCUGGGAUCUUACUUCCCAUAAGAUGAUCCACACAGGGGAGAAGCCAUAUAAAUGCAUGGAGUGUGGAAAGACCUUUGCUCAAAGAAAUAAUCUUAUUUCUCAUAAGAUGAUCCACACAGGGGAGAAGCCGUACAAAUGCAUGGAGUGUGGAAAGACGUUUACUAAUGGCAGUGGACUUAGAAGCCACAAAAAGAUCCACUCAGGAGAGAAACCAUUUAAAUGCAUGGAGUGUGGAAAGACAUUUACUCAGAGCAGUGGACUUAGAAGGCACAAAAUGCUCCACACAGGGGAGAAGCCGUAUAAAUGUUUGGAAUGUGAAAAAUGUUUUAAAACAAGCUGGGAUCUUAUUUCCCAUAAGAUGAUCCACACAGGGGAGAAACCAUAUAAAUGCAUGGAAUGUGGAAAGACCUUUAAUCAAAGAGGUAAUCUUACUUCCCAUCAGAUGAUCCACACAGGGGAGAAACCAUAUAAAUGCCUGGAGUGUGGAAAGACCUUUGCUGAAAAACAUAAUCUUAUUUCUCAUAAGAUGCUCCACACAGGGGAGAAGCCAUAUAAAUGCAUGGAGUGUGGAAAGACCUUUGCUCAUAGAAGUAAUCUUAUUUCUCAUAAGAUUCUCCACACAGGGGAGAAGCCGUACAAAUGCAUGGAGUGUGGAAAGACAUUUACUCAGAGCAAUGGACUUAGAAGCCACAAAAAGAUCCACUCAGGAGAAAAGCCAUUUAAAUGCACGGAAUGUGGAAAGACCUUUGCUCAUAGAUGUAAUCUUAUUACUCAUAAAAGAAUCCAUACAGGGGAGAAGCCAUAUAAAUGCAUGGAGUGUGGAAAGACCUUUGCUCAAAGUAGCAAUCUUAUUCCCCAUAAGAUGAUCCACACGGGAAAAACGUAUAAAUGCAUGGAAUGUGGAAGGAGGUUUGCUCAGAAUGGUCAUCUUACCUCUCAUAAAAGGAUCCACGCUCGGAAAAAACUGUAUAGCCAUAGCAAUUCUACUUAGACUUCUUUACCAUUCCAGAAUGCUUUAACACACACUCUGAGCAGUUUACACAG